GUGCAAGCUUGACCUCGACGGCCACAACGACGACGACGCGCGUUCGCAAGACAUGAGCCCUGGCCCCGAAGCUCGGAACGCGGCACUUGCGAAACUCAGGGAGGGGCUAGCCUCGCCCGAUGGCGCCCUCGACCCCAUCGGCGUCUACGACGACUUCGUGAAAUGGACGACUUCAAACUAUAACGAGAGUGAUGCGAACUCGGGCCUGAAGGAGAUUCUGGCGGAGGCGACAGAAAAGUUCAAGAACGAUGAUAUCGCGAAGGUCGACAUGCGAUAUGUCAAGUUUUGGAGAAGUUAUGCGAGGCUGCAGUCCAGAGCCGAAGCGAUUACGACGUACGAGAGGAUGAUGUCGCACGGGGUAGGGACCGUGUUCUCCCCUGUAUAUCAAGAGGCGGCAGUGCUGUACGAGCAGGACGGAAGACUUGAUGACGCAGAGACUCUGUACCGUAAAGGCAUCAAGCGCCAGGCGAGACCGCUAGACUGGCUCAGGACUCAGUACAAGGAGUUCCGAAGACGUACUGGCCGAUCAGCACGAAAAUCAUCCUCCUCGACCGCGCCUUCCUCAUCCUCAGCCCCUCCUCCUAGAGCACCUGCACCCGCACCCGCAUCGGCCUCUUCAUCCUCCAGUACUGUCGCCGUACGAUCGACCGCCGCGCAACGCUAUGCAGUCAUGCUCGAGCCAAAUCCGCCUGGCAAGCGUCCAGAGAAAUUCAUGUUCAAUUUUGCCCUACUUUGGACCGAUGACGGAGGCGAGUUCAACAUCGCGGAAGCUCGCGCCCGAUCCAUGGGCCUGCUCGACAAGAGAUGGAACCCGCCACCCGCGUCGGAAAGCCGGCUCGCGCCAGGCAACAUGCCCUCCACCUCCGAGAGCACCGGGAUGCACACUACGCGCACGCUCAAGCGGAAGAGCAUCAUGGGUGGCGGGCCCGAGCCGACGAUGACGAUCAACACGAAGGAGGCGCUCGCGGACGUGUUUGGCAUGUACAACUCGCCCGAGCGGACGAUGCGGCAUGCGCAGGUCGCGGGUGGGAAGCACGCGCCUCUGAUGAAGGUCGAUAUCACUCCGUCAAUACAGUUUGAGAAGAGGAUCGCAGAGCUGCAACCAUUACCCGAAGAGAUACCUCCUUCCUUCCGACCUGGACAAGCUUCAGCGUUCAAACCCUUUGUCGAUGCGCAACCCACCCCUAGAUCCAACUCUCCCGCUGACAAUCAACCCAAACUUGCCGCGCCUUUCCAACCCUUUGUCGAUAACUCUGCGUCCAAAUCAUCAGCCUUCCGGCCUUUCGUGGACAACGAACCUGCCCCACAAAGCCAGAAGAAGCGCAGCAAGCUCAUGCCUUUCGUCGACCCCGAAAACGCGCCCCGCGCCGCGCUCGGCAUCAAGGAUACCUCCACCGACCACAACCCCUUCGCGCCCCAGAAGUCCGUCCUCAAGACCAAGGCUAUCGCCGGCGACGCCGAUGCGUCUACCAAGCCCGACGCGCUCACCAAGUCAUCGGACGCACUCACCAGGUCCUCCGACGCGCUCACGAAGCCCGUCUUCACCCCCGCUGGCGCCAAGCCCGCGCUCGCGCCCCUCCGCGAGGCCUUCACCGACGACCACGGCCUGCCAUCGCAGCAGCGCCCGAAGAUGGGUGGCCCGACGCACGAGCGGGCGAGGUCGUACCAGGAGCAGAGCGCGAGCGAGGACGCGCAGUCGCAGUCGCAGCAGCGCGCGCCGGUGUUCUCGCAGCAGUCGGUGUUCUCGCGGCAGCCGGUGUUCACGCCGAAGGAGAGCGGGGUGGCACCGAGGUCGCGGCUGGUGGAGCAGGCGAAGGCAGAGAAUGCGUUUACGCCGAGGCAGGGGGCGGCAGGGGUGAGGGGGGAGAAUGCUUUCACGCCGAAGAUGGAGAAUGCGUUCACGCCGCGGACGGAGAACGGCUUUGCGCCGAGGGUGGAGAAUGCCUUCACGCCGGCGAGCAAGAGCGAGAACUCCUUUGGGUCGGCGUCCAAGAGCGAGAACGCAUAUACUCCAAGGAGCGAGAAUGCAUUUACCCCGAAGGAGGAGGUUGUCUUCAAGCCGAAGCCUGUUGGGGAGAAACCGAAGGCUGCGUUCAGCAUCUUCCGCGAUCCCGAGCCGGAGGAGGCGCCUCCUGCACCGAAGGUCGUGGAGAUCGAGAGCGAUGAAGAGGAGCAGCAGGAGGUCGAGGAGGAGCAAUCACAGGAACCCGAUCUCAGUAGGCACGCUGAAGAUGAGGUCAACGAGCAUCUGCCGGACGACUACAGCGGGGACUUCGAGUACGACGACAACGAGGAGGAGCUCGCUGUCGACCCUGAUCAAGAGUACUCGACGCCUCCGCCGAGGGAAAUGCCGCUGCCUGAGGACGGGUACAGCGAGUACGACGCCAACCACCAACCGGUGCCGUACAGCCGGUGUGGUCCCGUCACUAUCAUGACGCCCAUUGCCGAGCGCACGCUCGAGUUCACGCGCUCGACCUUCGAUGGGACGCCGUCCAGGAAUCGUCUCGCGCAUGUUCCCGAGGACGACGACGAGGAUUACGACUUCCGCGAGCUCGCGGACGAGGUCAUCGGCGAGGAGGACGAGGGAGAGGAGGAAGACGAGCGCACGCGCGAGGAACAAGAGCAGGAUGAGGAUAUGCAUCACAUCCAAGAGAAGACCGGCACGCUGAGCCUGGCCGACUCGCUCCGCGUCAACUUCCCCAACCCGUGCAAUCCCUUCGAUCCGGAGGUCGUCACCUCCUUGCUCUCCCUCAUCCCGUCGGACGACCAGUUCCACGACCUCGCGGGCGAGCAUGGGCGCAACCUCGACGAGCUGCAGAAAUUCGCCAAGAAGUCGCGGAAGACGAGUGGGAACCCCGGCGGGGCGGGUGUGCUCGAUGUUGGCGCGCGCUUCCCGGUCUGCCUCGCAGGUCAGCGGUUCUCGAUCGUGGAGAAGAUUGGCGAGGGCGCGUUUGGCGCGGUUUUCAAGGCGGAGGAUCGUGGGAUGCGAGGGGACGAUGAGGAUGAGGAUGAGGAUGAAGAUUUGGACAUGGACGACGAUGAAGCAUCAGUGGUUGCUCUCAAGGUCGUGCGGCCACGCAACCUCUGGGAGUACCACGUUCUACGCCGCUUACAUCAGACCCUGCCUGUGCCGCUUCGUCCAUCGAUCGUCCUCCCUCACGCUCUGUUCGCAUACCGCGAUGAAAGCUUCCUUGUGCUGGAGUACGCACCUCACGGCACCCUCUUGUCCGUCGUCAACAAGGCCGCCAACGCCGGCUUCUCACAGCAAGGAGGCAUGCUCGACGAACUUCUGGUCAUCUUCUUCACCACCGAGCUCCUGCGUCUCCUCGAGGGCAUGCACCGCGCGGGCUUCAUCCAUGGGGAUCUCAAGAUUGACAACGUCCUCGUGCGCAUGGAGGACGUGCCCGGCGGCGCGUCGAAGUGGGAUGGCGCGUACUCGCCUUCCGGCGCAGGCGGCUGGGCGUGCAAGGGUAUCAAGCUUGCGGACUUCGGGCGCGCGGUCGAUACGCGGCUCUUCCCGCGAAGCCAGCGCUUCCUCGCGGACUGGGAGGUCAAGGAGUGCGACUGCCCAGAGAUCCGCGAAGGGCGUCCGUGGACGUACGAGACGGACUACUUCGGGCUGGCGGGCAUCGCGUAUUGCAUGCUGUUCGGCAAGUACAUCUCGCCCGACGCGGUGACUACGGCGGAGGUGGAUGGCGAGGAAAGGCGGCGGAUCGCGACGCCGCUGAAGCGAUACUGGCAGGGCGAGAUGUGGAACCAGCUCUUCGACGUGCUGCUCAAUCCGCGCAUGGUCCGCGAGGAUGGGGAGCUGCCGCUGUGCGACGAAAUUGGUGCCAUCCGCGAGGAGAUGGAAGAGUGGUUGCAGCGUAAUUGCAACCGCGCGGGGAACACAUUGAAGGGCUUGUUGAAGAAGGUGGAGUUGGCCUGUUUGCGAUAGCGCGUUAUAUACACUAUGUACUGGUAGACUGUGUUUCUGACGAGGGUUAUGGCUACGUUACUUUAUGACACAUUUCAUGCGAUUGUUGACGACGUCGGAAGACUGAGCUAACCGAUCUCAGCUGAUUGCAUUAUUGCAUUAGUUAUGGUACAUGAAUCUGGGUAACAACACAGAUCUUAGUUUGGCCGUGCGGCCGGUGGCUGUCUCGUCGUUAGCCAUCCAUCCUCGUCUAGAUCCUCUCUGUUAAAUGUGGCAACAUUUACUGCACUCUUUUCCUGCCCUUGAUCCAGGACUCCCCAG